AUGGCUGAAACAGAAGUACCAACAUAUCGUGUAUAUGGUAUUCGAUGGAUUCAAUUAAUAGUGUAUGUCUUAGCAACAUUUGCUAAUGCAAUGUGUAGUAUGACAUUCUCACCAAUUGAAGCUGAAACCUCAAAAUUUUAUUCAAUAUCAACAGCAGAAGUAAAUACAUUAGCUAUAAUAUUUUUAUUCCUUUAUGUUAUUGGUACAAUAUUAUCCAUAUGGUUAUCACGAAUAUGUUCAAUGCGUACAAUAAUGAUUAUUGGAUCUGUAUUAAAUUUAGGUGUAUUCAUUCGUGUUUUAUCAUUAAUUAAACCAAAUAUGGGAUAUAUACCAUUAUUAAUCGGUCAAUUAUUUCCGGCCAUAGGAGCACCAUUCUUUUUAAAUUCAACAGCAUUAUUUGCUGCACGUUGGUUUCCAGCUUCUCAACGUGAUAUAGCAACAUCUAUUUGUUCAAUGGCUUAUCCAUUAGGUUUAGCAGUUGGUUCAUUAGUUCCAUCAUUAAUUGUCAAUGAUCCACCAACAUCAAAAGAAUUUUUUAUUCUUUUAAUAAGUGAAGCUGGUUUUACUGCAUUAACAGCAUUUGUAUUAAUAAUUAUAUUUCGUUCUGGUCCACCAACACCUCCAUCACCAUCUGAAGAACAUUAUCAAACAAUAAAUUUAAAAGAAGAUUUGAUUAAUUUAUUAACAAAUCGUCAUUAUUUAAUACUUUUAAUUGGUUUUGGUCUUGGUUUAGCUUUAUUCAAUUCUAUAACAACAUUAUUAUAUCAAUUAAUUCAACCAAGUCAAUAUACGAGUCAAGAUGCUGGAAUAUUUGGUGCAGUUUUAAUUGUUGCUGGCCUUACCAAUGGAUUUCUAGCUGGAAUUAUUAUGGAUAAAACUCAUGCUUAUCGUCUUAUAUUAAAAAUUUUAUUAAUUGGUGCUUGUGGUUCAGGAAUUUUCUUUGUUUUAAUUCUUCGACCAAAUCAAUUUUAUCCAUUAGCUGUAUCAAUCGGUUUAAUGGGGUUUUUCUUAUUACCAUUAUUACCUGUUUCAUUUGAAUGUGCUGUUGAAUGUACAUAUCCAAUAAGAGCAGAAUGGUCAACUGGUUUAUUAAUGUGUGCUGGGAAUGUUCUUGGUGGAAUAUUUAUAUAUGUGCUUGGAGCACUUAUUCAAUUAAAUAAACAAUAUAAGCCUGGACAAAUAUUUACACCAUCUUCAAUAUUUAUGCUUUGUCUUUUUGUGAUAAGUGCGGCAUCAUUAUUUACUUAUAGAGGACCUUAUUUAAGACUUGAAUCUGAACGUCAAGCAGUUUCAACAACGCCUGUUAACAUUUAA